UAUAUUGUUAUGGGCCGUUCCUACAAUGUCCGGUUAAAGUUAACCGACACUUAACCGGCCGAAUUCUGCCGGUAAUAAAAUCUAUUAUCAGCUGGUUAAGCGUAAUCAAAGCAUACCGAUGAUUAUAAUACUGGCCCUAAGAGUAUUACAAUAAUUAUAUGAAUACUUAAUAUCCACCAUCAAAAAAUAACAAUUAUACCAAUUGUUUUUUUUAAGAAAUUUAAUGUUUUUAAGCAAAGGUUCCUAGUAAGCCAUGAUACAAAUAUGUUAUCGAUUUUGCAGGACUUUUACUGAAGUUACAUAUACUCCACAUUCAAAACUGAAUUUAAUAAUUGGGCCCAAUGGUUCUGGAAAAUCGUCAAUUGUUACAGCUCUCAUAUUAGGAUUUGGUGGUAAUCCAAAGGACAUUAAUAGAGGAGACAAAGUCAGUCAGUUUGUAAAAAAAGGCAAAUCCGUAGCAGAUAUUUCAAUAGAACUUUAUAAGAGAUCGAAUCAAAAUGUACAUUUGAGAAGAACAAUAUUUGCCAGCAAUGAUAGUUGUCACUAUUAUGUCAACAGUAUUUUGGUCUCCAAAAAAAAAUAUUCUGAUGUUGUUGAAAAUUUUAACAUAAAAGUACACAACUUAUGUCAGUUUUUGCCACAAGACAGACUUGAAGAUUUUUCUAAAUUAGAUUCUAAAGGUUUAUUAAUAAAUGCUUUACAAAGUAUUGAAAAUCAAGACUUAUUGAACAAUUUUGAAAAGUUAAAAACUCUUGCUGUUAGCAUAACUUCAUAUGAUAGUGAUCAAAAGAAAUUACAAGACAAUAUAAGAUUAGAGAUUGCUGUAAAUUUAAAACUCGAAACAAUUGUUAGUUCAUUCACAGAAAAAAAAUUGUUGGAAGAACAAUUAUUGGUUGUGUUACAGAAGAGAUGUUGGUCCUUAUAUAUGUUGGCUUGGCAACAAAUUUCUAGUGUAUGUAUAUAUUGUAGAUUUAUGGUACUUAAUACAGCAGGCAUAUCAAACUAAAAGUAUUAAUUCAAGAAAGAUUGGUGAUUUAUUUUUUAAAAUGAAUUGUUACUGUUAUUUUGUUGCUAUGGCAAUUAUAAAUUAUA